AAGACGAGGAAAUUCUAUUCUCUUCCGUUAGGGGAGGACAGAGCAUCAUGCUGGCCCCUGAAAAUGGUCCUGCUCUUCGGAACUCCCCCCCGACGUCCUGAGGUGGCUGGUAAAAAUUCGCUGCAGCAAGCGCACAACUGCGCCGUUGUCCUCCGUGCGAGCAAAGGGUCCAGUGCCAAGGCGCGUGACUGAAGGCGAGGGCGGCUGCCAUGGUGCGCCUCUACUUUCGCGAAUACACGAUGACAACCGAUGGCUGGCUCAACCUCCUCGAGGUGGCCAUGGGCACCUUUCUCUGGAUCAUGUACGGCACCCUGGGCGCGAGCACGGCGAGCGAGCAGUUCCUCUACGGCUGCGCGUGCGCGUUCACGGCGAACGGAUGCGUCUUCCUCCUCUCGUCGAUCAUGAGCAUCCAAACGGCCCUCAUGCUGCCCAGGUUGUUUUACUACACCUUGUUCCAACUAAUUGCAGCCGGAUGUUACAUAUUUGGCGGUGUUGGCAGCAUUGGGAACUCGUCUAUCAUCGAUGGGAUCACCGCAAUUGUGUGCGGAGGCUUUCAUUUCGUCCAUUUCAUUUACUCUAUGCUCAAGAACUGAGGGUAUGCGAUUCAUACGCACGAGACCUGCACUAUGACAAGACAAAAUUAGGGCUGGUGACAUACACCAAUCAGGGGCCAAACGUUGAGACCGUGGAAACUGCUAUGUGCUUCCAAACGUGGUCAGCAUGCAGGACGCGGCGGGCCA